CAUUGAAAUAUGUGGUAUUUCACCGUUAGAUGUAAGUGCAUCAUGAAUCAGUGACAUCCAGAGGAUUUACGCUACCACCGCCACAGCUCGCGAGAGACACGCAUGCGCGUUGUCAAAAAACAGCCGGUCUUUAAAAAAUCCUUAUGCCAACGGAUGUAAUCAAGGCAAAGAAUAUCUCUUAUCUCUGGGCAUACAUGGUUAAAUUUUGUAUUGGCUCCGUCUCAGUUGCGUCCUGUUUCCUGCAGCCCAUGGGAUCAGAGCGGAUGGAGAUGCGAAAGAGGCAGAUGUCGGUGCAGCAGGAGUCGGUGGCGGGCACCACAGCACCGGCGCAGAACGAGCAGCCCGGCCAGGGGAACCGUGGCUCCAACGCCUGCUGCUUCUGUUGGUGCUGUUGCUGCAGCUGCUCCUGUGUCUGAGAUCCCAAGACAUCUGCUUGGAAAAACACCAGAACUCAUGACAUUCUGGCUGUGAGCUUAUAAUGAGCACCAGUUACAGAUAUAAACUGAACACUGAGCAGGUGAAAGAUACUCCAAGGCUUCCUAAUGCCUACUGUUAGGUGUCUUGGGAUCAUGAUGUGUUUACUACCUUGCAGUCUCACUGUUAGGAAUGAAGACAGAGAUGAGAGGAACCGGAGAGCCUCUUAUGAUUUUAAAGCAGAGGGGAAUGCAGACUUCGAGGAAAGUCCGAAACCGACUGCGGAGGAGGUCCACUUGUGGGGGCAAUCAUUCGACAAACUGAUGCACUGCCCCACUGGAAGAAGUGCCUUCCGGCAGUUUCUGCGCACUGAAUUCAGUGAGGAAAACAUGCUCUUUUGGUUGGCCUGUGAGGAAUUCAGUAAGGAAUCCAAUAAGAGCGUCAUCGAGGAGAAGGCACGGAUAAUAUAUGAAGACUACAUCUCCAUCCUCUCACCCAAAGAGGUGAGCCUCGAUUCUAGAGUUCGAGAGGUUAUAAACAGGAACAUGCUGGAGCCAACAUCCCACACGUUUGAUGAUGCCCAGCUCCAGAUAUACACGCUAAUGCAAAGAGACUCGUAUCCGCGGUUUAUGAACUCGCCGGUAUACAAAAACCUGCUUAAGACAGUCUCUGAGCAGUCGGUGGAAUCUUAGAUCUCUGUGAUCCUGAUCGAAUGCCCCCUCCCUAUCUUUUGUUCGUUACCUUUUCUUGUGUAGAAUAUGUUUAAAAGGACCUCAGCGGGGGUCCUCCCAGGGAUUUUACCGCUAUAGCGAUCUGUACCUGAAAAAAGACGCUCAGGUCUCCAGGUCACUGGAUUUAAAAAAAAAUGUCUCAAAUUUCCUGAGGGCUCAACACCACAAGUACUGCUACAGAUCAGCUUAGCAAAAGAUGCUCCAAAGGAUUAUCAGUGCGUUUUGAUGUUUUUAAGAAAAUAAUCUAUUUUAUUUGUGUUUAAGGUUUUUUUUUAUUGUUUUUAAUUCAUUUUUUUGUAUUAAUGUUUGAAGGACGAUGUGAUACCAGUUGUGGGCUAUAUACAGUAUAUACAGUAGAUAUAUUUAUGAAUUUGUAUUACAUUUCUUCAAGCUUUUUUUUCUUGUGUUACAAUAUUUAAAGAAAAGGGAAUUAUGGGUAACAAGUAUUGCCCGUUUAUGAAAAAUGCGUAUGAGAAUCAAAACUCAAGUCAAGGCAACACUUCAGCUCUACUCACGGGACGCCCUGUUGUAAACAGUAUUGUUUCAGCUACUUUAUUAAAUAACCCCUAUUAUAAUGACUUGGCAUCUCCAAUGAGAAAUCAUCAUUAUCAGACAUUAGUACUGUCAAACGAUUAAUC